AUGGCAGGUCCGGUUCGAGAAAGAGUCACAGAUGCCGACAGGCGCCAUUUCGAUUUUGUGCAAACCUUGCUCCGUAUUUCCGAUGAGCUGACAGAAGAGGAAACGGCAAACGUGAAGUUGUUCUGUCUGCAUCUGAUUCCUGAAGGCCAAUCGGAACAACUGAAGCGGGCGGUGGACGUUUUUCAAAAGCUGAUUAAACUGGACAAAAUUGACCAGGAGAAUCUCGACUUUCUCGAAGAGCUGUUGGAAAGAAUCGGGCGUCAGGACCUGAUUCGGGACGUUCUGAGACAGUUCCAGCCUCCUGAACGAGAGAUUCCGGAAAAUCCCGAACUGCAGCCGGGAACAAGUCAACAGGGAGCAGAUGCAGAAGGAAAUGCAACGUCCAACACAUACGUGGUCGUGAACGGCCAAGUGCGCAUGAUCCAGGAAACUCUAGAUCGUCUUAGAAACCACAUAGCAACGUUAUCUGGCACCAGAAGGUCAAUGGUCAAGUUCAGAGGUUACAAGAAGCACAAGAGCAUCCUGGUGCACUUCUCCAUACCGCGGGAGAACACGGUGGUGCUGAGGCACAUGGCGGAUCACUCCGACCCAAGACUUGUCUACAUGGGCGUCAAGUCACUGCAGAUCGACGCUGAAGUUCCAAUCAAGGUCCAACAGGGGGCGCCGUUGUACGAUAUCAAGAGGCAACUGCCUGUUGAUGACAUCGAGGUUGGAUGCAAGAACAGGCUGAAGGAGGCUCUUGAGACAAACGAUAUUCUUGAAGAAAAGCUGCAGCAUGCUCAAGAAUACGCGGAGAAAGCCGCCAAGCAGGGAUACCUGGAGGUGUGGGUGACAAGGUUGGAGCAGACCCGACUGCAAAGGAAGAAGACGGGAAAACUCCAAGACAAGAAUCUGGCAGUGGGAGCGAUGGAAAAGAGGAUGUUCUCGGUACAGAAGCACAAGAGCAAGAGCGACACACAGCGGGAAUACAAAAAGCGGCACCUGGCUUUACUGGUGUGA